AUGAAAAUACAAUUAAUAUUAGUUCUUCUAAUAGCAGUCAAUACUCAAUCUUUUUUGGAAGAGUCAUCACAAUAUUACUAAACUCCAUUUGCUCCCAUCAUGAUCUAAGAGGAUGUGUAAUAAUAAUAAGGGAUUGAAACAGCAAUGGCUCCUGAAUAAGAAUAUGUAUAUGAUCCAGAGUCAGUUUUAUAAUCAGCCAAAGAAUAAUAAAUUUUAAUAGCUAGAAAUUAUGAAUAAAACUUACCUGCAAAAGGUGAUUGCAUAAUAUUGUAUUCUGAAUGCAACUUUAGAGGUUCAUCAUUUAAGUAUUGCAAUAAACCAGAUGAAAUUUUAUCAUUCUAACUCCCAAUUUAAUCUGUUUAUGUUCCUAUUGGGUAUUAAUUAUAUUUAAUAAGAUCUACCUUCCAAAUGACUGAUGCCAUAGAAGGAAACAAAAUUAAUAUGUUAAUGAGUUAAAAUUGCAUAUUAUCUGGUUUACAUUUACCAGAACCAUAAUUAUAAGAAGUUUAAGAGACUGGUAGUAGUUGGUUUAGUGAAUUGAAAGAUUCUGAAAAGGCAAUUUUAGAUGAAGGUGAUUUAUCAACACCAAAAAUAUAAUUCUUUGAUAAUGAUGGAAAUGUGAUUAGUAAAUUGUUUUUUGAUUAUUCCAUCAGGUAGAGAACAAUAUUAAAAAAUGGUUGAAGAAGAUGCCAAGAGAUCAUAUGAAAUUUUAACUGGAUAAACUAAUUUAUCAUCUCCAGGAGAAUAACAACCAUAAUAAACUGCCACAAAUGUUAAUAUUGAAGAAAUGCCAGCUGAAAAAGAAGCAUAAUAAUAAUAAUAAUGAU